GUACCGGUGCAUAUUUACAAUUUUUUCGUAAUUUCGUUUCUAUUAAAUGACCGUAAAUAAAGCGAUCGAUUUCGAAAAUUGUGCGUAAAUAGUGUGUAACGAAAUGUGUUCGAAUAUCGAUUAUUGCCGCGCGAAGCGUAGCGUAUGAAUACACAACAUUGGCGUCACUAGGCCUCAGCUGUUUCCCGCCAAAGCCCGCUACCAGAAAACCGCUGUGAGGUCUAGCGUAUGUUUGUGUCGGAUGCUACAUUCUACUAAUUUGUGUUAUAAAGUGAUUUAAAUAAUUACGCACGCAAUUAGAAUUAUCGUGAAAUAGUUGUCGAUCGUGUAGUAUGUCAACGAUAACGUUGGUUUCCGGCGAACACAUUGUCUACGAUUCGAAUCACAAGGAGAACGCCGAAAUAUUAGGAAAAGUGCAGAGCCGCGUCAAGCAAGACGGUGAACCGCCGACGACAAUGGAGGCGGAAAAGCGGAUCCGUCGGGAAAUCGCCAACAGCAACGAGCGACGUCGCAUGCAGAGCAUCAAUGCCGGAUUUCAAUCUCUACGAUCGCUUUUGCCACACCACGAAGGCGAAAAAUUGAGCAAGGCUGCCAUAUUGCAACAGACGGCCGAGUAUAUUUACUCACUGGAACAAGAAAAGACCCGAUUACUGUCACAAAAUUGCCAAUUAAAGAGAUUGGUAAAUCAGCACGAGGUUGGCGAACUUCCUCCAAAAAAGCGCAAGACCGAAGUGAUUAUACCAACGAUAUCCGAUACCAACGAGGAAUGCCUGGAACCGAUGACGACACCUGAACCUACUGUUGGUAUCUUAUCCGUAGCCGUGGUCGAUGGCGAUUCUCCCGCCGAAUUGAGGAGACAGCUUGAUCAGGAGCGUGGCGUACGCAUUCUUCUUGAGGAACAAAUACGACAGCUCGAAGGACAGCUUUACCAACAGCAAGUUUAUCAAAUGUCAUCUCCUGAGGAUCCAGAAGAUAUUUCCCUUCAGGUAUGAAUUAAUGAUCAUUGU